AACACGCGGAUUUUAUUUUUAAAAAGCGUUGUUUUUUGUUUUUAAUUUUUUGGAAAAAGUGUUUGAUAAAAAUGGCUAAUGUUUUGUUGAGUGAAGCUGAGAAAACGUACAUUCUUCACGGUAUUCAGAAAGACUACCGGAAUGACGGCCGAACGAACCGGGACUACCGCCCGAUGGAACUGGAAACGGAUAUCGUCGUGCAUGCGAUGGGUUCGGCACGGUUACGUCUGGCAAACACGGAUAUUCUUGUAGCAGUGAAAGCCGAUAUCGACGUACCUAGUCCCGAUCGGCCGAAGGAGGGUAAGAUUGAGUUCUUCGUCGAUUGUUCUGCUAACGCUACGCCUGAUUUUGAGGGGCGUGGUGGUGAAGAAUUGGCCACGGAAAUUUCCAACACCCUGUCGAAAGCCUAUCUCUCCCAGCAAGCGUUCGAUUUGACGCCCCUGUGUAUUUUGGCUAAGCAUCAAUGCUGGAAGUUGUACGUGGAUAUCCUGAUUCUGGAGUGUGGGGGAAAUUUGUUCGAUGCAGUCUCCUUGGCGGUGAAAGCGGCUCUUUACAACACGAAAUUGCCACGAGUGUCUUCAGCGGAACUUGACGGAGGAGCUAUGGACAUCAUACUCUCAGACGAUCCAUACGAUUGCGAGCGAUUAAACAUAGAGGCUGCUCCACUAUUGGUAACCGUAUGUAAAAUUGGAGAUCACUGCGUGGUCGACCCAUCAGCUGAAGAAGAGGAAUGCAGUGCGAUCAGCGUUGUAAUUGGUGUUUCUCGCAAGGGACAUAAGGGGUCUGUCACAUCAAUCAGAACAUCCGGAGAGGGGUCUUUCCAUGCAGAUACUUUGAUGAAAAGCUUGGAUUUAGGCGUUAGCGCGGCUGCCUAUUUGGACAAGGCGCUUUUGGCCGCGCUGAAAGCGGAUGAAGAGAAUAAUACCAAGCCUUUAGGGGAGAAGGAAAUAUUUGGAUUUUUGAAAUAGAUGCUGGCAAUUCAAUAUCAU